GUAGCCGACGCGAUGAGCCGCCGGCAGAUCCGAUUCGAAGAAUACGCAUCGUCAGGACCUGUCGUCGAGCGCGUCGCCUGCAACAUGGAGACGAAGCCUGCGCGUGCGCCCAAGUUUGCUGCGUCCGCGUCGCACGUUGCCAACGACGCGUACCUGGCGGCCUUUGACGCCGACCCGCGCAAGCCUUCGUCCAAGCAGCCGCAGCCUGCUAGCGCGACCACCUCGGGAAAGGACAACAUUGUCUUGCCCAAGAUUGUCGGUGCCACGCGCGCACCCGCGCCCACAGCCGAGCCGACGACCCGUCCAUCGUCGUGGCCACGAGGUCCGAGCGAUGCAGCUGGCUCGGCGCAAGCCGUAUCCAGCCAGCCGCUGACGUGCAUGAGCUUGGCGCCGGAUGGCUCGGAAGCGGUCGUUGGCAGCUGCGACCACGCGCUCUACACAAUCCCGCUGCGCAGCUCCGGAUCCAAGAAGGCUCGGGGACGUACGUUGUAUACCAAGACGUGCGGCCACAAGGAAUGGGUCACGGCCGUCGCGCACCUCGCCGAUGGCCGCGUCGUCUCUGCGGGUAUGGACAGUAAGCUCUGCCUCUGGGACAACGGUGCAGUCGCGCGCUGCGAAGAUCUGACGGGCCACGCCGGGUCCAUCUCGCUCGUCCAGACGAUUGGCAACGACUGGAUCGUGAGCGCGAGCUACGACAAGACGUAUCGGCUGUGGGACGCGACCCCCGGACGGCGCGCCGGCAAGAAUGGUCGAGAGAGACAUGUGUUGCGAGGGCACGACGCCCCAAUCCUCGACUGCAGCCUGUGGGGCUCACGGCUCGUUGGCGGUGACCGCAGUGGCUCGGUGCUCGUUUUCGACCUUGCUUCUUAUGGUCUCGAGAAGAAGUGGAAGGCAGCGCACGACGGCCACUGCACGAGUGUUUUGGGCUCGGUGUUUGCACAUGACGUUGCCUACAGCGGCGGCCAAGACGGCGUCGUGCAGCGCUGGGACCUGCGCACAAAAGCAAGUACGCUCGCGCUGCCCGUGCAUAGCGGCAAGACGGGAAAGGGCGCGGUGAGCUUUCUACGCGAGCAACCAUCCAACCAACACGUUCUCGUCACGGGCGGCGCCGACGGCAAGGUCCACGUCCUCGACACGCGCCUCAACGCGCUCCGGUCGACGUUUGAUAGCCACCAGACGUUCAUCUAUUCGCUGCAUGUGGCCCACGACCUGUGCUUUAGCGGCAGCGGCGAUGGGAUGCUGCUCGUGCACGACUUGGCCACCGACACCUUGUGCUACGGCCUCGGCGCCAACCAGGCUGCUGUACGAGCCAUUGUAACGACGCCCAAUGAGCUCGUGGCGGCCGGCGACGAUGGCUGCGUCCUUGUCUACAGCUUUGAAUAAGGCCGAGUUAACUGUAUAUACUGCAUGGUGUCGGCGUGACGACCACUUCUUCUCGAGUGUUGAGGCAG